ACAGACAUGACUGCAGCUUAAAGGGGAAGUGAAUUCAUGCGACUUCCUUUUCUCCUAUCUGCUCGCAAAAUAUGAACACAACAACUUUCUGGCUGGUCACAGCUUUCACACAUUCUUUUUUGCGACGGAUCGCCAUCAGGACCAUUUCAGGCCGUUCAGAGCAGAACAAACGUUUAAUUUGGGCUGAAACAGAAAUGUUUGUGUGAGACUGAGACACGAGGUUGAACAGAGGAGACAUGGAAGCUGUGGUGGGACUGAUGGUGGUGCUACUGGGACGCUGUUAUGGUGUAGAAACCUACUGUGACGGCAGACAGAACGAAACUCAGUGUUAUGGAGCUUUAGGAGGAACAGUGGACGUUCAGCUGAUGGACAGAGCCUCAGACGUACAUAGAUACCAGUGGAUAAAGGGCCAAAGAACCAUACUGAAUGGAAACAAAAAUGGAAUUGUAACUGAUCUGACAGACCAGAGAUACUCCUUUACUCUCAGUAAUGGAACAUUCAGGAUCAACAACCUGAGCAGAAAUGAUGGUGGUGAAUAUCAGCUUGAACUCUAUGAUUCAGAAGGAAAGAACAAGAAACGGACUCUACAUUUGACCAUUCAAGCUCCUGUGGGCUCCGUCCUGCUGCUCUCUGAGUGUCUGUCUGAGGGACAGAUGAGGGCGUCCUGCUCCUCUGAGGGAGGGGACAGUCCUCAGUACAGCUGGACUCUGGAUGGACACACACUGACACAUGCUGAGCUCCUCUCUGGAAACAAUGAGACCAACAACAUCACUCUGAAACAACACGUCUCAGGACGUCUGCUCUGUUCAGUCAGGAAUCAAGUCAAUAAUGUCUCCAAAGAAGAGACGAUCACUGACUGUGGCUUCAUCUUCAUUAACUGCACCUCAUCCAAUGGGACUCGCAUCUCACAGUGGGUGUUUGCAGCUAAUAACACUCUGUGUGUUAAACCAACAACUCAUCCUACCACAGUUUCAGCCACGACUGAGGGUAAGAAGACUGAAAUCACAGUGUCAAGUAGUGUCACAGCCACUAACAUCACAUCCUCCAAUCGGACUCCAGUCCCAUGGUACAGUAGUGAUAUAUUGUACACAGCGGCUGGUGUAUUGUCAGCACUAAUAUGUCUCCUAGUGGUCGGAGUGGUCGUCUGUGCCCAGAUGAAAAAGAAAGGCAACAAACCUAAAGCAGCGCAGAACCAUGAGGAGGAGUUGACCUACGCCGACGUCAGGAUCAUGCAGCGCCAGAGGACGCAGCCUCAGCAGAAGGAGGAGGUGGAGUACGGCCAGGUCCGGUUCUCGGCCCGACCCCAGCAGAGCGUGGCCCCGGCCCCGGCCCCGGCCACGGCCCCAGCGGAGGACUGUGUCUACGCCAAAGUGUGCAGAGACAGGUGAUCUGAGCAUCACCGAGCACAGGACGCUCCAGGACGAACUGUCCAGGUCUUUACUUCUCAUGAGGACAGUUUUAAUAUUCAUUUUUAUUUAUACUGUAGCUUCUUAUAUUCAUAUACUUUUAUAUUAGUGUUAAAAAGAUCUGUUUUAUUUUUCUGCAAUAAUAAUAUUUGAAUGCAAUAAUAAAAAUUGUAAUAGUGAAAUCAGAUUGACUUUUCAAACUAAGGAUUAAAUUCCAGAGAACUGUCACCAAGCCAGUUCAAAGUGAGCAGGAUUUCCAUGAUGAAGACACUUUCUCAGGCAUCCGCUAUUAGUCUCACACAAAUAGUUUAUCAGUUAUGUUUUUAGAAAACCACAAGUAACAUCCUGUUUUAUGACGCUGAAUAAUUUGUCUUACUGCACUUUGACAGUCUGUUGCACUGACUGCAGGCAGGGAUCAGAGUUUAGAUCUCAUUCCUUAAUGCAGGGAUUUAUGCAGUAUAAUGUAAUGCAUUAAUACACAUCAAGAACUAAAACUAAUUAAGUCACACGUCUAUUUAAAGUAACUUAUAACAGUGGGUUUCUUCUGAAACGAAACAGGUUUUACAUCCACUUCAACGUUUCCUCAGAAAAGGAGGAACAUUUUUAAAGUGUGUAUUUAUAGGACCAAUUUGAGUAAAGGCUGAUUCUGAAACUGUGCGUGUUUAUCUAUUAACACCAUCACGGAACACGUUUUCUUAAUUCAGUCUUAGUCGUUGCUUAAGUUUUUGUCACAUCCUCUUUAAAAUGCAGCUAAACAGAGAAAACAUGUAGUGGAGUAAAACCUUCAGAGAAACUUUAGUCCCCAACUAAGAACAGCUUAGUUUAUUACUACAAACAAGCUAAGUGUUGUUUCAUGAUCCAGUGUUAAACAUUUAUUGUUAAUGCGAUUAUUGAAAUAGUCUGUAAGGAAACUAAACUACUGGACUUGCACCAAUACUGUAUGUGAUAGACAGAAAUGUUUGCAGGUGAACAAGUGAGAAGCUGAUGAACAGGAUGUGAGAGUGUUUCCGUGAGCUAAUUUCCCAUCAGUUUAGAUCACUACAUUCACACGUCACAGAGGUUAUUGGCUCGAAGUUCAGCCAGAACAAGCGCUUUAGUCGCGAAAGCAGCGGCUGACGGCAUCUGAACCGUCGUCAGCCUCAAACCGAUGACGGACUGUGUGAAAAGCGUAAAGCUCCUCAGCGAGAACGAAUGCGAAGCUCAGAUCUUACGACUUGUUUUUAAUUAUUGGACCGUUUCAGUUUCUGCCUCCUCCACUGAAGCUCACACAAGGUCAAACAUGCUUCUAGUAGCUCAACCUCCAAAGCGUUAGCAAAUGCAGCUCAUCUGUAGAAGCAAAAAUCAUUUAUACGCUGUCAGUACAAGUUAACUGUGCUAUUUAUAGCUCACACCUCAUUACUUUAAAGCUCUAAAGCUAUAGUUUACUUUAAUCCCAUUUAACUAUUUCACCACAUAUUUUUUUAAGCUUUGUAAUUUUAUCCUUAAAUUAAUGAUAUAAAGAAACAUUUUAUGCACUUAGUUUUUUUGUUAUUUUUCUACUUGUGUACUUUCUGUUUUCACAUUCAAGGUCACAGCUUGUGAUCCGACUUAUUUACGACAAGUUCAUUUAAAGCCAGGGGUGACGUGUUCGAUCUGGUUUGAUACUUCAGGGUUAAAGGUUUAUUUAUUCACCGUGCCAUAAACAGGCAGUUUAUGGACCACAACAUUUGUAAUGGCCUCCGACAACCGCAUGAGAUGUUUCUCACUUGAACCUUUAUGUUGAAACUCAGUUGAACCUCUGACUGAUAUGACCUGAGCAAAUGAUUGACGGCGGAGCAGAGGUGCAAUAAAGCUGCUCCAACCAGACGGUCGUGCUGUUCAAUAACUGCACAGCCACUAAACAUGGCUCAGUCACACUCCUUCUGUACAUAUGCUGAUUUUAAGCAGAUUAGACUUGACUCUUGGUAGAUUUUGCUGAAGAAAAGGUUUAUUUUUUUAGUCGUAAAACCCGUUUUUAUCAUUGUCGUGACACAUUCAUGUGAUGUUGCUGCCAUGCCAAAGCCAUUAAACCAUAAACCCAA